AUGUGCUCUUUACUUUGUUCUCUCUCUCCCUUCAAGAACCUGAACCAUGCCCGAAAACUCGUUCACCGCUUCGCCAACCCAUCACCGAUUUCGUGGAUCAAGGGUUACGCCACAAGCUCAUAUCCUCCGUCUAUAGAUAUUAUAUAUGAGAUGGUGCGAGAAGAAUUUAACCAGGAAUUAGAAGAACGAUUAACGAUUCCCCUCUAUAGGGAUUUGUUGCCAGGGACGUUGCCUGGAGAUAUUAAUGAUUUUCGCCUGACUACUGUUUAUCAUUUGCCAGAUGGAUUGAAAAUGCUUACUGCACUUGGUCAUGGAAAGCAGGUGAAUCCGGAUGCUUCUGAGGUCUACGUUGGUAGGGAUCUGAUCAACCUUUAUCGCAGGGAGAUCAACUAUAAUGCCCGUUACAACAGAAUUUUUUAUUCGAAUAAAAUGUUUGGUGAAGAGCUUGAUAGAACAUUUGUUUCUUUGAACUCGCUUAUUAUUGCUUGUGUUGAGAAUCUUUGGUUACGUGACGCAACUAGGUAUUUUAGGAAUUCUGAGCUUGGGCCGUACGAGGCUACCAUGGUGGUGUUGCUGUCUAUUUGUGCUGAAUUUGGGUACCUGAGCCUGGGGAAGUUGGUUCAUUCCCAAUUGGUCUUGAGAGGGAUGAUUCUGAGUAGUCGAUUGGGUAAUGCUCUCAUUAACAUGUAUGCCAAGUCUGGAUCUAUGGGUUAUGCCAGGCUUGUUUUCAAGAAAAUGGAAAAGAGAAACACAGAUUCGGGGACAUAUAGUGCAAUGAUAUUGGGGUUAGCACAGCAUGGGUUCGCUGAGGAAGCCCUUCUAUUUACCAUGAUGAGGAACAAUGAUAACAUUGUCUCAAAUUAUCAAUCCGAUCUUGGGGUUCUACGCGCCUUCAGCCAGGCUGGGAUGGUAGAAGAGGGUUGCCGAUAUUUUCAUGAUAUGAAAUGUGAAGGCUGGACCAGAAAACCCGUGAUGAUUCAUUAUGAAGCCAUGGUUGAUAUCUUGGGCUGUGCUGACCUUCUUAGAGAAGCUUAUGACUUUAUACUGAGCAUGCCUAUUGAACCUGACCCAAUUGUUUGGAGAACGUUGCUUAAUGCAUGCACUGUUCAUGAUGUUCAUGACUAUACAGGGAUAGGCGAUAAAGUGAGGAAGUGGUUAAUGGAAAUGGAGCCAAGGAGGGGAGAGAAUUCAUUUGUUCUUGUUAACAUGCAUGCUGAAGUAGGGAUGUGGGAGAAAGCGUCAAAUACGAGGGUGGUCAGAAGAGAUGGAGGGAUGAAGAAGAUGGCUGGAGAAAGUUGUGUUGAUUUAGGUGGACCCAUGUAUUGGUUCUUCGAUGGGUAUGAUUCUCACCCAAACUUGAUCCUUGUUUAUCAUUUGCUAGAUGGAUUGAACCCGGUGCUGAUUUUGAGACAUGAACGGGAUGAAUAA